GUGAUAUUCAGACGAUAUUCCAACUACAACUUUGAACCAUGUGACGAUUAUCCACACCCAAUUGACUGCUCGAUUCAGGCAGCACUGGACGUUUCGUCAAUCUACUAGGUAUCUGGUCAAGGGACAGAAGAAAGCGGACCGGGGAAAGUUCGGAAGCGAUUUCCAUAGAACGCUGCAACUCCACUUCACUUCAUUCUCACCUCCUACCACUUUCAUUCUCAUCCAUCUCAUCUGCCAACUUUUGUCAUCUCAUCACUGCGGAACGCCUAGACAUUCAAUACGGAUCAAUAACCUCCCAGACCUAUUCUCUAACCUCGUCCACAACUCAGUUUCACCACCAUUCACAACCCCCGCCAAAAAUGGUUCGCCACGACCCCAACGCCAACCACCCAGUCGGCCUCCUCAUCGAGCCAAACUCGGACGGCUAUGUCGUCCGCCGCUUCCCCCACGACCACACAGAUCUCUACGGCGAGAACCCAGCCGAUCUAGAACUCCCCGGCUCCCACGGCCCCUUCAACCUCGUCCACGUACGCUGCCACAAUGCCCUCAGAACGACCACCAUGGGCAGCACCAACGUCACCGUACGCACCAUCCAACUCGGAGAUGACGACGACGCGCUCGAGGUGGCACUCGCUCACCACACAGACUCCCUCGUCAUCGCCGUCCACGGCGCCUGCCCGCCCCAAAAUAACUCAGACCAGCCACCCACCAGAUCCGCCGUCGGCGUCCACCUCGGCCCCGGUAACCCCCUCAACCGCGCCUGCCGCAUCCCGGACGCCAAAGACCGGGGCCACGUCAUGAAGGAUACCGACGGCAGCGACAGCCGCGACCGUCCGCAGCACACGCAGCAGCGCGCGGACCUCUACGCCGCCAUUGCGGGGCUCAUGGAGGCGACUACGAUUGCCACACGGGGCCUGCCCGCCCGCGGGACGCGAUCGCAGCCAAAGCCGUUCAAGUUACACCAUGUCGUCGUCAAGAGUGACUCGGCGUACGUCGUCGAGGGCGUCGCGGGCGGCAGGAAUGGGGAGCCGCCGCACAUGAACAAGUGGCUUGCCAACGGGUGGAAGAACACAAAGGGCGAAAAGGUCAAGAACGAGGAUCUGUGGGAUAAUUUGAUGCUCACCAUGAUGUCACUGGGUCAGGUGGGCGUGGCGGUGGAGUUUUGGCAGGUGCCCAAGAAGGAGAAUAAGGAGGCCGACAAGCUUGCGAAGCUUGGGCUCGAGCAGGAAGUUAACUUCUUUGACGAGAAGAGUGUCUUUGGCAAGGAGGAUCACAGCAAGAAGGCGGAUGCUGUCGGUGAUGAGUUGGUUGCGAUGGAAUGAUGAUUACACUUGCAAUUUGAUGUGACUAGAUUUGUAACAUUUGUGGCGCAGAAAAGGCGGGUUGGAUGACCAUUGACUUAUGUCAUAUUAGAGUAUUCAGUGCCGGAAAGCAGUAGAAUUGCUUCCGGAGAGCGGGAGGACCUCAAUCACAGGCGUCUCGAAAAUCUCCCAGUUAUCCGACGCCUUGGGGUUACCAAAGGCCUUCAAAGCCGCGAUACGCCACCUAGUUUGUGAGCGUUAGUCUCUGCGGCCACAUGGAGUAUAAGAAAUAUCAGAUGAAUUACGACU